GGUCACGCCAUUUUCCAACCGAAAGCAGCGCGGCGAAGACACCUCUCUCGCGCUCGCCAAGAAACCAUGCGGGGGGGAGUGAGAGCGGCGGCCGCCAUGAUCUCAAGAGCGGCGACGAGGAUUUCACGGCUCGCGAAGCCACCAGGCACCUCCUCUUCUUCCUCCUCCUCCCGCUUCUUCGAUGCUGCCGCCGUUGAUCCUUCGAGGCCGCGGUUCGAUCACCGAACCCUUUCAAGAAUUCGAUUCCAGUCGUCGUCCGAACGGCCGCUCUACCAGUCUUCUUUUCUGCCGGCCAUGUUCUUGAUGGGCGCGUUCGGUGCCGGGGCGGUGCAAAUAUCUUACGCGGACGCCAGUGAGGAGGAUUACAAUACCCACGCCGUGGAGGAUUCCUGGUCCGGUUCUGGUGGGGCGGAUAAAAUCGUUCGUCAAGUAAAGCAGCGGUUGGAGGAGUUGCUGCGAACCAAAGGAAUGCAGCGUGGAUCAUACCCGGCCUUUACCGUUUCUGCAAAGGGCAAUAAGGUUACAAUCAAGUUCAUAGUUCCUCCUGCAUGUGAGAUAUCACACCUAAUUGUAAAUAUUGUAAAGCACCUUGGUGAAACGGCUGAGCACUAUGGUGGUGGCUCAGAAAUGUUAUUACGAGCUUGGGACAGUGCAGCUGCGUGGCAAAUAACUCUUAGUUCUUCAGAAAAGGAGGGUGAUCUCUGCAUCAUGUUAUUCGAGACUCUACUAGAUUCUGAAUAUUGUGAGAUCGAGUUUAUUAAACAAGGCAGCUACAGUUUCAAAGAGCUUGAAGCUGUGGUUAGUGCAUUAAAGUUAGCUGGCGAGAGGAGUAAUAUUAAAAAAUCAUCAGGGAGGAACCCAAAGGUAUUCAAGAGAAAUGAUAAUUAUGAUGCCAAACAGCUGGCUUCCGUUGAAAAAUCAGUGUCUGCUCUAGAGGGCAUGGGUGUGAGAGUAUAUGGACUUGAUGAGACUUCUAGCUUUCCCUGGGAUGGUACAAUAUCCUGGGAAAACAUUGCAGGAUAUGAUGAGCAAAAACGGGAAAUAGAGGAUACUAUACUGUUGGCAUUGCAAAGCCCUGAAAUAUAUGAUGAAAUUGCUCGUGGAACCCGUUGUAAAUUUGAAACAAAUCGCCCAAGAGCUGUGCUUUUUGAAGGCCCACCAGGAACUGGGAAAACUUCUUCUGCUCGAGUAAUCGCUCAACAAGCAGGCGUUCCCUUGCUAUAUGUGCCGCUAGAAGUUAUAAUGUCAAAAUACUAUGGUGAAAGUGAGCGUUUAUUAGGGAAUGUGUUUUCUCUUGCUAAUGAACUUCCAAGUGGAGCAAUAAUCUUUCUUGAUGAGGUUGAUUCUUUUGCUGUUGCUCGAGAUAGUGAGAUGCACGAAGCUACCCGUAGGAUUUUGUCAGUGAUAUUGCGUCAGAUUGAUGGUUUUGAGCAGGAAAAGCAAGUAGUAGUUAUAGCUGCAACAAAUAGAAAACAAGACCUUGAUCCUGCUCUCAUUAGCCGCUUUGAUUCAUUGAUUUCGUUUUCCCUACCCGAUCAAAAAACUCGUGAAGAGAUAGGUGCUCAGUAUGCAAAGCAUCUACUGAAGACUGAGCUAGUUUUGUUAGCCUCGGCUACCGAAGGGAUGUCUGGAAGAGAUAUCAGGGAUGUCUGUCAACAAGCAGAACGGCAUUGGGCAUCAAAGCGGAUAAGAGGCCAAGCACCAAAAGAUGCUGAAGGGAGUGGGAAACUUCCUCCUAUCGAGGAGUAUAUUCGGUCUGCCGAGCAGCGGCGUGAAGCUGUGUUAGCGACCACAAUAGGAGGAGGGAGUAAUAGCUCUAGCUUUGGAUGGAAGCCCUUCGCACUAGCAUGAGAAGUUGUGAUUUAUAAGUUGAUGAAGUGUGAGCAAGAUUUUCCCUGAAGAGUGUCAAUACAUGUUUAGCUUUCAUAAAAAUGAACUGAAUCAUAUUUUUUUAUCUUUCAUCUUACAAUCAUUGGGAGGUAUCUUUCAUAAGGUAUGCUUUUUUAUUUA